UCAUCUGCUCAAGGACAACCAGAUGUAACUUCCUCAAACUCCUCCCCAGACAUGGAGUUCCCGUUAAAACUUCCUUAAAAUCCUGACGAUAAAACCCUGAACUGACCCACUUCAGCAGCACAGGAACUGUCAGCUCUGAGACUCACCUCAAACUCGAUUUGGACUUUUCAGCUUAAGGAUGUUGUCGUUGGUGUGCGUUUUGCUGCUGGCGGUUUCAGCUCGGGGUCAUCUGGAUGAGGCCUUACUGGACGCCCAGUGGGAACACUGGAAGAUGACUCACAGUAAAGAGUACAAUGGCCUGGAUGAAGAGGGGAUCCGCAAGGCCAUCUGGGAGAAGAAUAUGCGAAUGGUUGAAGCUCACAACCAGGAGGCGGCACUGGGUAUGCACUCCUACGAGCUAGGGAUGAACCACCUGGGAGAUAUGACUUCAGAGGAAGUGAUGGAGAAGAUGACUGGUUUACUCGUGCCGAUGAAUCGUGAGCAGAGCUUCACCAUGACUCUGAAUGAGUCCGUCUCCAAGCUUCCCAAAUCCAUCGACUACCGCAGAAAAGGCAUGGUGUCCUCUGUCAAGAACCAGGGUUCUUGUGGCUCCUGCUGGGCCUUCAGUUCUGCUGGAGCUCUUGAGGGCCAACUGGCUAAGAAGACAGGUCAACUCGUUGACCUCAGUCCCCAGAACCUGGUGGACUGCGUCAAGGAGAACGACGGCUGUGGAGGAGGAUACAUGACCAAUGCCUUCAAUUAUGUGAAAGACAAUGGAGGCAUUGACUCUGAAGAAGCCUACCCAUAUGUCGGAGAGGAACAGCUAUGCCGCUACAAUUCAUCAGGCAUGGCAGCCCAGUGCAAAGGCUACGUUGAGGUGCCGAAAGGCAGCGAGCACGCCUUGGCCAUGGCGCUCUUCAAAGCUGGUCCAGUGUCGGUGGGCAUCGACGCAACGCAGCCCAGCUUCCAGUUAUAUAGGAAAGGCAUUUAUUACGACACCAACUGUAACAAGGAGGACAUCAAUCACGCCGUGCUGGCCGUUGGCUUUGGUGUGAGCCCCAAGGGGAAGAAGUACUGGAUCGUCAAGAACAGCUGGGGUGAAGAGUGGGGCAACAACGGCUACAUCUUGAUGGCACGCAACCGUGGCAACCUCUGUGGCAUCGCUAACCUGGCCAGCUACCCCAUCAUGUGAUCAGAUGAGUGUGGCGGAAGUGGAGACUUAGACUACUACGCACCACAAUGAUGAAACAACCAUCAGUAUUUUCUGCAACAUCAACUUAAAAACAUAAUCUGGGUUUUUGUACAUCUGGAGAUCGAUGCUGGUUUAUGUUGAUGAUGUUUUUUUUUUGUCCAACACCGUAACAUUAACACUUUUAAUAAAGUAAUUUACAGUUUCAGUUAAAGCAUGUUGAGUAAAAACAGGCAAAACAAAACGUAAUCGAUAAAAUAUGAGAACCAUUGCUGGACAAUGGAAGUUCCAUCGUUCCUGUGGUUAGAACAUAUGUUCCUUAAAAAUGUCACUUUGAUUCUGCAGGUCAUGUGUUGUUAUUUUUCUAAUGUUUCAGCACUUUUUAAACAAUUAAGUGUUUAUGGUGUUUAUGUGAAAUUGAAUAAAGUUUUCGUUUUGAAGGUGAAA